AUGUCUUCUAAUCACACUCCUCCUGAAUUGCCUAACUUUUAUUACGAUGCUGAGCGAAAAAAAUAUUUUAAAAUCCUCAAAAAUCAUCAACUCUACAACUCCUUAACAACCAACAAUAGAGAUAACAAUUGCAAUAACAACAACAACAAUAAUAAUAAUACUUUAUCAAAAUAUCUGAAAUCCUCUGUCAAUGCUGAAAAGAAAUCACAAAAAACCAAGAUGAAGUACAAAAAGUUCCAACAAAAGAAAAGAAAAAAGACCUCAUCACAAUCUUCAAUUUUAAAUCAACCAAUCAAACACCUAACUUCUUUUGAGUCUAAUUUUAUGGAUUUCAAUAAUAAUAAAUUUAAUCUUAAUAAUAUUAAUCACAAUAAAAUUGAAUUUUAUUAUGAAAACUAUGUAAAUCAUCAGCUAUCAAAUUUAUACGAUUUCAAUAACCUAAAUUCUCAUUAUCAUUCAGACUUUUUGCUUAAAUUUUCCAAUUUAAAUUCAAUUAAAAAUUUAUCAAACGAAAAAAACGAUAACACCAAUAAAUCAGCCUUAAAAUUUGUAUCAAAUAAUUUGAAUGAUAUAAAUAGUAGAAACUCAUUAUCAUAUAUCAUACCGAAUGAUUUAAAUCGAUCUUUUUUAAUUUUAUCAAAUAACUUAAAACUAUUUCAUAUAAAUUAUAAUCAAUUUAAUGAUAUCAGCAACAACAAUAAUAAUAAUAAUAAUGAUGAUAACACUAACACUAACAUGAAAAAGUUACAUUUGAAAAAUAUUGUAUUUGCUAAUGAAUUUAGUAACAGAAACGACCUUACUUCUUUGAAAUACCCAGUGGAUUUUACUUCUAAUUCCAAUCAUUUAUUAUUUAAUUUUAUUGGAGACUCAUCUUUAAACAAUUUGCCAUUAAUAUCUUUACAUAAAUUCCAUUCCUCUUCUUCUUCUAGUAAUAAUAUUGAUUUGCUUCACUCCUUUUCAAUCAAAGGCUCUAAAAAUCAAUCCUUCUAUUGCUCAAAUCUAAUCAAUCAGAAUUUUUGUAUAGCUGUUAAUAAUCAUUUUUGUGAUAUCUCUAUUGAAUCUCUAAAUAAUCAUCAUAGCUCCACUUUAAACUUAACCAACAAUUAUCUAAAUAAUUCCAUAAACUUCAAAACGAACAUCUUAUCAUUUGAUGCAUACAAUGAUGGUAAUUGUACUCCACUGGGUAGCUUAAUUGCACUUGGGGGUCGAAAUGGAAAUAUCUAUAUACUCGAUAAGAGAGUCAAUAACAAUAAGAGUGAUAUUGAUAAGACUAAAAAUAUGCAAAGUUUUAAUUUCAAUUCUGCAGUAACUGAAAUUAAUUGGCUAUCAAAUUACAACAAAAUUUUAAUAUCGGGUAUUAAAAAUAACUUGAAACUAUUCGAUAUUAGAUAUGUGAAUCAAAAAGUAAAAUCAAAUAAUAAUCAUGUAGUUUCCUAUAAAAAUUAUUCAAACAAUUCAAAUUUAAAUAACAAUGGAAUCAAAUCAAAAAAAACUUUUAUUAAAUUUUUAAAUAAUGACAAAAAUUCAAAUAAUCAAUUUGGGAAUGAAAGUUAUUUUAUGAUUAAUGAUAAUAAUAGUAAAAAUAUCAAGUUUUAUGAUUUAAAUAACCCAUUCCCAAUUAAUGACCUUUCUUUUGAUAAAGAAAUUAGUGAUUUUGCUUGGUCAACCUAUAAUUUCAAUCAUUUUUACAUCAAUUGUGUGCAGAAUAAUAAUUAUAUUGACAUUGAAAACCAAACCCAUUUUAAUAGCCUAUUUGUUACAAAUAAUUUUGACACUACUUUUGAGCAUGUAUACCAGUAA